UAAUGUCUUAAGGAUAAAGAUUACCCAGUGGGUGAGAGAGAGACAGAGAGAGAACUUGUGAGGCUUCCCUGUCCUCUAGGUGCUAGUGAGAUUCAGUGAGAUUCUUGUCCUUCUGCAGACUGCUGUGCUCCGUGGCAGCCUUCCCAAAGUAUCUUGUGUGACCUUGGAGGAGAAUGAGAGCAUCGGUGACGGAAGGUGCAGUGAUGCCAUUUCACUUCGCAUGGAUCUCUCCAAUCUUGUGACCUGGGCACACGCUCAUGGGACCAUAUGCAGUUCAAUCCCAGCCUUGGAAAUUGUGCAGAACAUGGGUCAUCCUAGCAAGGACAAUUCUGUUCUGUGGAUAUGUGGACUUGGACAUGCGUAUCACUGGCAGUGUAGAAAAUUAUACAUCAGAAGCACAGAAGAGAAUGAAGCUGGAGAAAAGAGAAAGAGGCUAGUAUCUUCUGAGGCUUCAUCAAGGGAAGCUAGUUUAGAUGAAAAGAGGUUCAGGAUGACCCCGUCUUUUGAGAGGGCUAAAGCAGACGCUGUUAGCACAGGGUCUUGUAGCAGAUCUCCAGGGGUCACUCAGCAGAAAGACAACACAGUCUACAUAAUAUAUAAUGAACCAUCACCCAGAGAAAAUAAAAAAAAUAGCAAAUCCAUAAAAUCAGGCUUUGCAGCAAAACAGCAUUUGUCAAUAUCUGGUGGUGAAGUCAAAACUGACAGACAUAAGGUGAAGCUAGAAAGCAAUGAAGAUCUACAGAUCAUCUCUGAUGAAGAACAGUGUAUAUCAAAUGAAGACAACGACCAAGGAGACAGAAUCAACCAGAAUAUUCUGUCAGAAUCACCAAAUAAAGGUGUAACUGCUGAGGUAGAUUUGCAAAUGCAUCACGGUCAAAAGAUGGCAUUUAACAGGCUGAGGGCUGCCCAAACAUCUGGCUUUGCCCCUGCAGGAAAGCCACCCCUAACUCUUGCCUGCAUUCUAAAAUCCCCCAUCAGCAAUCAAGAGAGCCUAGACAGCAGCUUCUUGAGGUUAGGUCCUCUUAAUCCUGCAGGGUCCACAACUGAAACUUCUAGAGCAAGAAACUCCUCUGGGUCAGCAAUACCAAAAGAAUAUUUAAAAUCUGUUCCUGUCUCCAACAUUGAGGCAAAGGCCCAACUUGAGUCACCCGCCUCUGUGACAUUCUUUGAGUUUGAAGCCACUGUAGAUGUCCAGCAGCAACUCCAGCUGAGCCCUCCUGAGCAUGGCACACCAGAAAUAGGCUUAAGUGGGAACAUUACUGAAAACUCUAUUGAGGAGAGUAAACCGUCAGGAUCUGGGCAUGCACCUCAUCUUUCAGCCUCAUUGAGUCCAGAGAGCAAGAAUGCAGACCAUCCACCCGCAUCUUCAAGCAAAAGUGCGUUGAAGAAGUGGGAGAAGAAGAGAAACUGUAAUACCGGCGAUACAAAAGUCUUCAGAGACUGGCUGCUUUUACAUUGCCCUUCCGAAACGCGCGAGAUCUAUAAGCUGCCACCAGAAGACCUCGAUAAUUACCUGGCCUCGUUCUACUCUUCUGCAAAGAGACAGAAUGGCACAGAUUUUUCUGCCAGAUCUUUGCACUUCUUUCAGAGCAGCAUAGAGAGGUACCUCAAGGAUCACAACUACAAGUACAGCGUGGUUAAAGGGUUGGAAUUCAGAGCGUCUCAGGAAGCCUUGAAACUAAAGCAUCAGCACCUAUCUCAAAAAGAGAGAGAAGGAGAGUGGAGUAUUUUGGAGAACCUGACAGAUGAAGAUGUGGAAAGUCUUUGUAAGAAGGGACUUCUAAGUAAGAUGCACCCUCAGGGCUUUUUGCACCUCAUGUUCACAAAUAUCAUUAGGGGGUUUGGGGCAAGUACACACAGUCAGAGCCAUAAUCUGUACUGGGGACAGCUUGUGCUCAAAAAGAACGAGGGAGAGCUGGAGUACUUGGAGUGGAAGGAUGAUCUGAAUGCAGAGGUAAAUACAAGGGAAUCGGGUCCACGUCUCUUUGCCAAGCCUGACAAUCCAGAUAACUGUCCAGUCGCAGAUUAUAAGGAGUAUGCUAAGAGGAGGCCGCUGGAUAUGCUUCAUGACUACGAUCCACUUUAUCUAACGCCCAAGCCUCUGUGCUCCAUAUGGGACCAAAUAUGGUACUGUAGAAAGUCACUGACAAAAGCCAAAAUGGAAAAGAUCUUGAAAGUUAUUAUCCAGCAAGUCAAAGGACCUGUAAAGAAAUCCAAGAAAUAAAGGUAUCCAUUUAGUUUCUGCUGUGCCACUUUUUGGUAGGAGCAUGUUUCAAAGUAGUCUUUGAAAGGUUUAAGUGGCAAUAUUUAGUAUAGGUUGAGGAGAACAUCCUUCUCUUCAGUUUCACCUUAGAACAUAAGUAAUCCACAAAUUUGCAUCACCUUAGUGUUCAGGUUAAGUGAAAAACUUCUAUUGUUCUUUGUAUUGAUGGAAUUGAUAGUUCAGUAAGUUAAAUAAAUAUGAGAAUCUUAGGUUUCACGUUUGUAAAACAAGUUAAUAUUCUACUAUAUUAUUAAUGACAUGAUGAAAUAGCCAAUGUUAACAUGGAGAGGGCUCGGUAGCUGAAUAGCUUGGCUAGGAGUUUAAGCUGCACUCAUGUUCAGGGGAGCUGGACACGUACACAGCAUUUAGUCUAUAGUAUAAGCCUAUUGAAAAAAGUAACACAAGUUAGUUCUGGGAUGGAAGGAGAACGGUGAAAUGCUGUGUUUGCCAACUGCUAAUCCAUAUCUCAUGGGAAUGCUUUCAACAAGGUUUAUGUCACUUUUCUUAGUGAAAGAUUUGUAGAUUUAAGAAGUUGUGAUUGGGUUUUAAAAAGUUAUGUAAAAUGGCUGACAGCGUUGAAAGGUUUUAUGGUAAGUGUUUUCCCCAGAGUGCUAAAUAUAGCUACAUAAAUACACUUUGGGAGAUGUAGUCAACUUUUUUCAGCUGUUCAAGUACUAUUCAGUCAAUAUGUUGUCUUAUGGUCCAGUCAAGUUAUUGGGUUGCAUUAUUGACAUAACCUAAUAAAAGAAGAAUUACUCAA